UGCAAUUCCCGCGCCCAGUAUAAAACCGAGGGUGGGAGAGAAAAGCUCCGCAAUUUCGCCUAGCAGGACCGGGCGGGGAAAGACACGUCCAGGGCUGCAGAAACCCGGCCACGUUAAAUGUGCUGGGGAUUUCCAACAGUACAGCCCCAAAGGAGUGGAGCCGUACCUUCCCGCCGCCACCCAGCAGCACCCAUCUGGGCCGAGCUCUCCACGCCGCCCCGGGCGCCCCAGCGGCCAGCCCCGCCCCGAGGCCUCUCCGCCCCCUCCCCCAGAGGAAAAAAAUUGGCGGCGGCCAAUGGGAGGCCAGGAAGGCGCCUGACGUCCGCAGGCCGGCGGGCGGCGUUGCCUGGAGACCCCGGCGGGGUCAGCCUUCUGUCCCCUCCCCGCGGCAGGCCCGCCCCGCCGCUGCCGCGCUCCGGGGCUCUAUAUAGGGCGCGCGCUCUCGGGCGGCUGAGUUCCAACAGUCCGCGAGCUGCAGUCGGCUCCGCGCGGGGGGGGGCGGGCCGGGCACCCCGGGGCGCGGAGGAGCGCUCUAGCUUCACUCUCCUCUCCCCCCACUCUGCACUCCCGGGCACCCUCAAACCAGUUCAAGCUGCUGCCCCCGCUCCCUCUUUUCUGGCCCCCCGCAAACUUUCGGUCCCUCCCCCGCCCCUCGCCCGUUAUUCGUCGUGGCUCAAGCCCGGCCGCGCCGCCCCGAGGGCUCCUCCGGACCUCCCAGCCUGCAGCUCCGACCAUUACAGGAUCCAGAAACAUGUCGACCACACUUCUGUCCGCCUUCUACGAUAUCGACUUCUUGUGCAAGACGGAGAAGUCCCUGGCCAACCUCAAUCUGAACAACAUGCUGGACAAGAAGGCGGUGGGGACACCCGUGGCCGCCGCCCCCAGCUCGGGCUUCACGCCGGGCUUCCUCCGUCGGCACUCAGCCAGCAACCUGCACGCGCUCGCCCACCCCGCGCCUAGCCCCGGCAGCUGCUCGCCCAAGUUCCCGGGCGCAGCUAACGGCAGCAGCUGCGGCAGCGCGGCGGCGGGCGGGCCAGCCUCCUACGGCACCCUUAAGGAGCCGUCGGGGGGCGGCGGCACGGCCCUGCUGAACAAGGAGAACAAAUUCCGGGACCGCUCGUUCAGCGACAACGGCGAGCGCAGCCAGCACCUCCUCCACCUGCAGCAGCAGCAGCAGAAGGGGGGAGGCGGCUCCCAGAUCAACUCAACGCGCUACAAAACUGAGCUGUGCCGGCCUUUCGAGGAGAGCGGCACGUGCAAGUACGGCGAAAAGUGCCAGUUCGCGCAUGGCUUCCACGAGCUGCGCAGUCUGACGCGGCACCCCAAAUACAAGACGGAGCUGUGCCGCACCUUCCACACCAUCGGCUUCUGCCCCUAUGGGCCGCGCUGCCACUUCAUCCACAACGCCGAUGAGCGGCGGCCCGCGCCGUCGGGGGGUGCCUCUGGGGACCUGCGCACCUUCAGCGCCCGCGACGCGCUGCACCUGGGCUUCCCGCGGGAGCCGCGGCCCAAGCUGCACCACAGCCUCAGCUUCUCGGGCUUCCCGUCGGGCCACCACCAGCCCCCGGGGGGCCUGGAGUCGCCCCUGCUGCUCGACAGCCCCACGUCGCGCACGCCGCCGCCACCCUCCUGCUCCUCGGCUUCGUCUUGCUCCUCGUCCGCUUCGUCUUGCUCCUCGGCCUCGGCUGCCUCCACGCCCUCGGGCGCCCCGACGUGCUGUGCCUCUGCGGCGGCAGCGGCCGCGGCCGCGCUGCUGUACGGCACCGGGGGCGCCGAGGACCUGCUCGCGCCGGGCGCGCCCUGCGCCACCUGCUCGUCGGCCUCGUGCGCCAACAACGCCUUCGCCUUCGGCCCGGAGCUGAGCAGCCUCAUCACACCUCUCGCCAUCCAGACCCACAACUUCGCCGCCGUGGCCGCCGCCGCCUACUAUCGCAGCCAGCAGCAGCAGCAGCAGGGCCUAGUGCCCCCCGCGCAGCCCCCGGCGCCGCCCAGCGCGCCCCUCCCUGCCAGCGCCGCCGCGCCGCCCUCGCCGCCCUUCAGCUUCCAGCUGCCACGCCGCCUGUCCGAGUCGCCCGUGUUCGACGCGCCUCCUAGUCCCCCGGACUCACUGUCUGACCGCGACAGCUACUUGAGCGGCUCUCUGAGCUCGGGCAGCCUCAGCGGCUCUGAGUCCCCCAGCCUCGACCCCGGCCGCCGCCUGCCCAUCUUCAGCCGCCUCUCCAUCUCCGACGACUGAGGCAAGAGGGCGCUAGUGAGGAGGAGGAAGGGAAGGUCGUUCUGGGGGUGUUGGAGGGCGCCCCUGCAGUCGCGCCCCUGCUAGGGGCAGGGAGGCUCGGGAGUGUGGGGGGCUGACCUCGGCCACAAGCAGACUGCAGGCCGCACCGAGCACUUGGACUCGAACUUGUGUGCCGGGAGGGGCCCCCACUCCUCCCCUUUCGGUUUCCUCUUGUUUUGUUUUGUUUUUUAUUAUUAUUUUUAUUAUUAUUACGAAGUUUCAUUCUUGUUGAGCGAAAAAAAGCCUACGAACUUUUUGUAUUGAACAAAAUAUUCACAACAGAGCAGUUGUGAUGCGAAUAGAACAAAAACCAAACACAAACUUUUUUAGGUCUCCGAUGAGUUUGGGACUUUAGGAAAAAUCAACCCGGCACCAGCAGCUACCAACCACCAUUCCAUAUCUUCACUUGCAAAGCAUUAGUUACAGUCCAGAUGUGGGGACUCUUAUCUUGAGAGAGGUUCCUAAUUGUCUCAGACCAGUGUAAACAAACAAGCCAGCCAACACCUUGCUAAACCUAUAAGCUUUUAGAAUCCAAUAUUCUGCCAAGAAUAUGCCUUGAUAGUAGACCUCAGCUCCAUGGGUGUUUUUUGUUUUUUAACAAAGUUAUAUAUGUCUGGAAGAAAAAAAACCUUGCAUUCCAAAGUUUCAUACUGGUUCCUGGUUUCAUUGCCACCACUUAGUGGAUGUUUAAGUUAGAACCGUUUUGUCUGCUCUUUCUGGAAGCCUUGGGCAGAGCUUAGUUUGUAAUUGUUGGGGAAUAACUGCUGAAUUUUUAGCUGUUUUGAGUUGAUUCGCACCACUGCACCACAACUCAAUAUGAAAAAACUAUUUAACUUAUUUAUUAUCUUGUGAAAAGUAUACAUUGAAAAUUUUGUUCAUACUGUAUUUAUCAAGUAUGAUGAAAAGCAAUAGAUAUAUAUUCUUUUAUUAUGUUAAAUUAUGAUUGCCAUUAUUAAUCGGCAAAAUGUGGAGUGUAUGUUCUUUUCACAGUAAUAUAUGCCUUUUGUAACUUCACUUGGUUAUUUUAUUGUAAAUGAGUAAAAAAAAUUCUUAAUUUAAGAGAUUGUAUGUAAUAUUUAUUUCAUUAAUUUCUUUCCUUGUUUACGUAAAUUUUGAAAGAUUGCAUGGUUUCUUUACGGAAAUCUUAUCUUGAUGCUGUGGAAGUAGUUUGAGGAAUAUCUUAUGAGUUUUUCUUAGAAUGUAUCAUGGUUGUAGCCCAUCCAACUUUAAAAGAAAAAAAGUGACCACAUACUUUGCAAUCAGGCUUACAUGUGGCAUGCUUUUCUCAUUCCAUCUUUAUAAAUCAGCAGAAAAUGGUUUUUGUUUGCUUAUUCCACCAGUUCUACUGUGACAUACUCUGCAUAUAAAGACAUGUAGCAAUAAUGGGGGGGGAGGGUAAUCUCACAGUGCCUUUGGAAGGGCCAGAACUUGCCUUAAAUCUUCCUCAACCAAAUAAGUAUUUUGUCUAUUAGUGCUUGAGAGAAUUUGAAUGUAGGAUGGGUUCAACUGCACAAAAGGAAAAGAUUUUUACCACUUUUUUUUUAUAUAGCUAUAAAGUGAAGAGGCCACCUCUUAGUGCUAAAAUGAUAUGUAGUACAUGAAUAUGCCUUGUUUAAUUACAGAAAAUUCCAAAACUUGUACUUUUUUUUUUUUUUUCCGUGUGGAAAGGCAGGAAUGCUUUCCUGGACAGCGGAUGAAUGAGCAGUAGAUGUAGUUUGUUUGUACGUAGGUACAGUUGGAGCACUAUGUAUGUAUGUAUUCUGGACUACUUUGACAGAAGUAGGUAUUUGAAUGUAACAAGGUUAAGUCAACUUGAGUUGUAAUAUAUUUGGGGAAUCAGUUCACUACAAAUUGUGACUGUAAACAUUGUACUGUAAAUGUUUUGUAGUUUUCCCCCAAUAAAACUUUUGGGAA